GUGUUGCAACACUUGUCAGCAGCUGAAGGAAGCCUACCAGGAGAUGGGCAUCCCCUACUUUCACAUCUUGGACACUGCAAUGCAAUGCCGAAACAGCGUUGGCUGCCAGGUUCAUGGCGAUGUACUGGUGUCCAAGGUUGGAGGCAAUGUGCAUGUCGCCUUGGGCAAGUCAACCGUCAGAGAUGGCAAGCACGUGCAUGAGUUUAACCUGAAAGACGUCAGUGAUGGGUUCAACACGUCCCACAUCAUCCACAGACUCGAGUUCGGGCAGCGAGUGCCCGGUGUGGAGUCUCCACUGGAG